UAUUUUGAAGGGCCAUCGGAAGCUAUGUGCAGCGUGUUUUCCGCUGCCUUCACGUACGGUCUCACCUGUUUGUUUGCGAAUCUUCUGGGAUGCUGUGACUCCAGCCGUCAGUCCUUCAUCAUGAAGCUGAGAGUUCGGAUCCUCCGGCGGACCAGCAGACUGGACAUUCUGGGAGAAGAUCCCAGUCUGGCAGAACUCACAGAGCAGAUCCGGGACCAGCUGCUGUCCGGUCACGGCCUCGGUCCAGAAACAGACUUCAGUUUGUCUCUAAACGGGUCAGAACUCCUCUCAGAUUCUGCUCAGACUCUGUCGUCCUGUGGAAUUGUCUCCGGAGAUCUGAUCAGCGUCCUGCUGCCUCAGUCUGCACAACCCGUCACCACGGCAACCACAACAACCACCACGGCAACCACGACAACCACCAACACGACGACCAGCAGCUCAGCCAACCAGAACCAGAACCGGCAGACCGACAGCAACACGUCCAGCCAGCCCAGCUUCAGUCCUGCAGCUCCGUUGGGCCCCAAGGAUCCCGACCUGAUGGACGCUGGUCAUGUGAUCUCCGUCUGGGAGCCAAUGCUGUGCUGCGAAGCUGAGGAGGGCGGAGCCCCGCUGUCCCUGGAGCUGCUCUACCAAUCAGCUGGCAGCACCUGUCCCAGCGACACCCUCAUGGUGGCAGCUCACCUGCUGAUGAUGGAGACGGGAUUCAUCCCUCAGAUGAGUCCUGUCCAGGUGUCCACCCAGAUGCCUGCUGGUUGGAAGAGUCCUGGUGGAGUGUUCCGGCUGCAGUACCUCCAUCCUCUGUGUGGGGGCGCCGUGGUGUCUCUGCUGGCUGUCAGUCUGGGUCCAGUUCUGAGCAUCAACGCGACUCUGAAGUUGACAGAAAACGUGGAGACGCCCAGAAAGCUGUGUCUGGAAACGUCCAGUUAUGUGACAGACGAGUGGGGAGGAGGAAGUGCUGCUGCUGCGUUCAGGGACCUCAGGAAACUGUCUAGAGUGUUCAAGGACCAGCUGGUUUAUCCGCUGAUCACUGCUGCCAGAGACGGCCUGUCUCUGCCGGUGGCCUUCGGUCUGCAGGUUCUUCCUCCUGAACUUCUCCUGAGGAUCGUCCGGCUGCUGGACGUCCGCUCGGUGGUCCGACUUUCGGCCGCCAGCUACCACUUCAACGCCGCUACAGCUGACCCGUCGCUAUGGAGACACCUGUACCAGCGAGACUUCACAGAUGGAAACGGAUCCAGAGACUCCGACUGGAAGGAGCUCUAUAAGAAGUCGUAUAAACGCCGCUCUGAUCUCCGUCACUCGUUUCGUGGUCGCUGGUUUCCUCCCGACCUGCCGGACUUCCUGCUGCCGCCGCCCCGGCCCUGUUUCCCACCGCUGCCUGGCAUCAUCGGCGGCGAAUACGACCAGAGACCCAACCUGCCCCGCCCCCGCUACGACCCCAUUGGUCCACUGGCUGACCCCGACCUGCGGCACCACGACUUCCACAUCAACCUGCUUGGAGCCGGACGGGCUUCCAACGUCCGCAGAGGAUUCAUCUGAUUAUUGAUUAUUGGAGGAGUGAUCAAUAAAACAGCAUUUAAAUAAACACAGCAUCAUGUUUACUGUC